UUGCAGUGGCCAAUGCAACGUAACUUGAAAGCUCCGCAAUGGUUAGAAACUAACUGCAGCCGUUCAGUGCUCAGUAGACGGAAGAGGUUCAAGCCUUCAACCUUCUGUUUCUCGUCUCUAAUAGCGUAACGUGAUUAUAGAAGGCCGGUGCAUCUUUGCUAAUUUUAAGGACUCAACCGAAGAGUGGAAGUGUCUAGCUAUGUCAGGGCAAAGGAAAGGAGCUUCAUUGCGCCUGCGAAAAUGUGCCUUCUGUAGAACAACCAGAGAGAAAGAGUGUGGUCAGCUCCUAGUAUCAGACAACCAGAAGGUGGCAGCUCACCACAAAUGUAUGCUUUUUUCAUCUGCUCUAGUAACAUCUCACUCAGACAGUGAAAACAUUGGGGGAUUUUCUGUUGAAGAUGUAAAAAAAGAAAUCAAAAGAGGAAACAAAUUGAUGUGUUCGUCCUGCCACCGGCCAGGGGCUACCAUAGGUUGCGAUGUUAAGACAUGCCGGAGGACAUAUCACUACUACUGUGCCCUGUGGGACAAAGCUCAGACCAAGGAGAACCCCUCACAAGGCAUCUACCUUGUUUACUGUCGUAAACAUCGUGAUGCGUCUCAAGAUGCCAGUGAUGAGGAUCCAGGAGUCCCAGCAAAUGAUUCCGAUUCAUCUCCACCCCGGAGCAGAGGCCGUGGCAGAUUUGAAAAGAGCCGGAUCAGAGGUGUACCUCGUGGCCAGUCAGAAGACGCACGUUCAACUUCUUCACAAGGCGUAGAUGAAACAGAAAGCUCUUCAAAUAGGGACCGCUCCCCUUUGAGGGGCAGCCCUAGUGAGUCAGGCCUUCGCUGUGGUUUCUGCCAUGCUGGUGAUGAGGAGAAUCAGACACGUGGUGUUCUCCAUUGUGAUAACGCAAAAAAGGUUGCUGCCCACUAUAAGUGCAUGCUUUUCUCUUCAGGGACUGUCCAACUCACUACGACAUCACGUGCAGAAUUUGGUAACUUUGACAUUAAAACAGUCAUUCAGGAAAUAAGGAGAGGGAAAAGAAUGAAAUGCACCUUGUGUGGUCAGCUCGGCGCUACCAUUGGAUGCGAGAUAAAAGCAUGUGUGAAAACCUACCACUACCACUGCGGCCUGCAAGACAAGGCCAAGUACAUAGAGAACAUGGCCAGAGGCAUUUACAAACUGUACUGUAAGAACCACAGUGGAAACGAGGAGCGGGAUGAAGAAGAUGAAGAGAGGGAGAGUCGCAGUAGAGAGAGGGCUGCCAAUAACAGUGGGGGAAGCCCUCCGCCAUCUCAAUUGAAUGGCAACUAGAUGGUGUGUUGGAGAACGAAGAAAAAUAUUUUUUUAUUGUGCUCAGUUACAACCUAGGGGCCAGUUCAAAAUCUUGACCGUUUCAGUUUUUCUCAAAUUGCCAGAAACCCCAUAUCCAUUGAUGACAGGCCAUACAUUUCUCUGCCAUUUUAUCUUAAUUUUUCAAGAAUGUUUGAGAGUGGCAAGUACAGAUUAUAAGCCCACCAAGGAGACUGAAGAUUUUUUUUUUUCUAUGACACAGAAUAAUAAAGUUCCACUUAUAAAGAGGUUGUGUUUAAAUAAAAAAAAAAUGGAAAUUUCCUAAUAACAUUAUAGUUAUGAGACUAGUUUGACUCUGUGCCUGAAACAUUUUAAAUGUGAGACAAUAAAAAAAAAUGAAGGUUUCAUGACUGGACCAAUGGGAACUCUCUUCCCCGGUUUCUUUUCUUAUCAUACUACUAUUUGGACUGGACCUGUUCUUUUGAGACUGCCUACUGGUUGUUUUUAUUCUCUUCUAAAUCAUGAGCCUAUCCCUCUAAUUUCCUGUCAAUUAACUGACAUUAUCUUUACCUCUUAUUUCUCUUGUAUCAUGUAUUAUAUUUUACUACUGUAUUAUAAUCUUGAGUAUUGUUGAAUAUCUGUGACUUUCUUUAUAGUCUUGAGUCAGGAUUAAAGAUCAUUGGCUAGCAUGCACUUUUCUUUACAA